GGGUAGGAAAACAUUACGGACGGUGAGUGUGGACCGUGUCAGGAAAAAUAGCUUCUUGGAAUUUUUUUUUACUCCAGGGUUGGAAUACUUUUUUUGUGGUGGUGGGGGGAUCUACAUGAUUUGUUACAAGCACAAAUCCAUGUAUCUGUCGUCUUGGAAUUGAGUUGUAGUAAUCUUCACGGAGCUUGUCUUCUCACCUGGGAGGACGCCGAGUCCCGUCAGCUGGCGGUCGGGAUAACUAUUUCCGCCGUGUUGUUCGUGGUAUGACGGCUAGCUGGGACCGCUGCAAUGCUAGGUGGUAAUGAGCCAGAUCACUUUUUUAGCUGAAACAGUUUAAGUGGAUAUUAAAAGGUUGUUUGAGACAAAGGAUAAGGAAUACCUGGUUUUUGUAUGAUUCUGGAACGGUAUUCUUCACUACAGUUACCAGCAUGCACAGCGGCAGAUGUGACAGCCCCAGAGGCAGAGAUUCCACAAGCCUUCAAUGUGUUUGUUCUGGAUGUUUUUGAAGGCAUGUCUCCACCACCGCUGACUUUGGAUUGUCCCCCAUUUUCUAUUUUUCGGAUCAAAUAUUAACUAUGUGUCGACGCAGCAGCUUGGCUUUGUUUUGGAUACAUUUAACACUUUGAAGUGAGUCGGACUGGGAAAAUCGACAAAAAGGAAACGCCAGCACGGGGACAAGUCAAACAUAAAGGAUCCUUUCCCCUAAAGAAAUAUCAUGGCAUCUGUGUGGAAAAGAUUACAACGUGUGGGGAAACAUGCGUCCAAGUUUCAGUUCGUGGCUUCCUAUCAGGAGUUGGUGGUGGAGUCCACCAAGAAAUGGCAACCAGACAAGCUGGUGGUGGUGUGGACUCGCAGGAGCCGACGGAAAUCCUCCAAGGCUCACAGUUGGCAGCCAGGCAUCAAGAACCCCUACCGAGGAGUGGUGGUGUGGCCUGUCCCGGAAAACGUAGAAAUCUCUGUCACACUCUUCAAGGACCCCCACGCAGAGGAGUUUGAAGACAAGGAGUGGACGUUUGUCAUAGAAAAUGAGUCUCCGUCAGGUCGUAGAAAGGCUUUGGCAAGCAGCAGCAUCAACAUGAAGCAGUAUGCCAGCCCCAUGCCCACACAGACUGACGUCAAGCUCAAGUUCAAGCCCCUCUCCAAGAAGGUGGUGUCUGCCACGCUACAGUUCUCCCUCUCCUGCAUCUUCCUCCGUGAGGGCAAGGCCACUGACGAGGACAUGCAGAGCCUGGCCAGCCUGAUGAGUAUGAAGCAGGCUGAUAUCGGCAACCUGGAUGACUUUGAGGAGGAGGACGAGGAGAACGAGGAGAACAGGGCCAACCAGGAGGAGAAGGCUGCUAAGAUCACAGAGAUGGUAAACCAGCUCAAUGCUCUCAGCUGCUUAGCCGGAGACCCCGAGGACUACUUCCUAAAGCUGGCUAGUAAAACGCCAAGCAGCGCUCAGUCUCCCUCCCAAGAGCUGAUCAGUAAGCUGAACUUCCUGGAGGAGGAUCAGGACACGCCCCCUGCCCUCUGCUCCAAUCCCUUCGAAGAUCCGGCUGAUGAUGUUGAUGACCCCUCCCACCUGGAACACACCAAUCACUUCAACCCGUUCGGUGAUGAUGAUGAUGGACCCCCCUCCCUGCCCCCCUCCCUCACCCUCCGACAGGACCCAGAGGCCUACUAUGUCCAGGAGCCCUCCAACCCCUUCGACGAGGACGAAGUCAACACACACUCGCACACAGAGUACAACCCGUUUGACGAGCCAGACCAGGACCCAGACCUAGUCUCCGACCCCGACCCCCAGGGGCCCCAGGUCCAGCAGCCGGAGGCUCCCAAACCCAGGGGGAGGAAGGGGGUCAGGCCGGUGGAUAUGAGCAAGUACCUGUAUGCUGACACCAACCCACCACCAGAGGACCAACUGGAUGAAUCCAACCCGUUCUACGAGCCCCGGACCUCCAGCCCAUCCCGACCCUCCGGGGGCCCCUCUCCAGACUUCAGUAACCAGAAGAGGAGAGCCCCGCUACCUCCCAGACCUCCAGGCCCCAGCCCCUCGGCCCCCAACACCUCCAGGGAGGGGUCAGAGAGGGAGAGAUUCAUGCCCAGUGGACCCAGUGCCGUGGUAGCUGUGGUGGGGCGAGAGCUGGCCUUCUCCUCCCCUAAGCCCAGUCCUAUCCCGAGCCCAGUGCUUGGUGGGAAGCCCAACGCUAGCCAAUCUCUGCUCGCCUGGUGCCGUGAGGUCACAAAGAAUUACCGCGGAGUCAAGAUCACCAACUUCACCACGUCCUGGAGGAACGGCCUGGCAUUCUGCGCCCUUCUCCAUCACUUCAGACCUGAUUACAUAGACUACAAGACCCUCAAUCCUCAGGAUAUUAAGGAAAACAACAAAAAGGUCCUAAUGGCCUGGUACUCAGGGCUCUAUUGCCCCUCCAUCACGUCCUAA